AUGUUAAAUCAAUUUAUUUCUAUUUUAUUUUUUAUUGGAAUUUGGUAUCAAAUUAAUGGAAAAGAAGAUUGGUUAGAAUUUAUUAUUAAUAAUAAUGUUGAAAAUUCAUCGGAUGAAUUUUUUGAAACAACUUCUACAUCUCAAAUAUGGGCUGUUUUGGUAGCUGGAUCUAAUGGAUGGUAUAAUUAUCGUCAUCAGGCUGAUGUUUCUCAUGCAUAUCAUGUUUUAAAAAAACAUGGUAUUAAUGAAAAUAAUAUAAUUACAAUGAUGUAUGAUGAUAUUGCUCAUGAUAAAUUAAAUCCAUAUCCAGGAAAAAUAUUCAAUACACCAGGAGGUUAUAAUGUUUAUGAAGGAGUAAAAAUCGAUUAUAAUGGUAGUGAUGUUACUCCAGAAAAUUUUUUAGCUGUCCUUGAGGGAAAUAAAAAAAAAGUUAAAGGAGGAAAUGGACGUGUUGUUGAAAGUACAGAAAAUGAUAAAAUAUUUAUCUUUUUCUCAGAUCAUGGUUCAGUUGGUAUGGUAUCAUUUCCAGAAGCAAUAUUAACAGUUAAAACAUUAAAUAAUGUUCUACAAGAAAUGCAUAAAAAUAAAAGAUAUAAAGAAUUGACAUUCUAUCUUGAAGCAUGUGAAAGUGGUAGCAUGUUUGAGGGGGUAUUGGCAAAAGAUAUUAAUGUUUAUGCUAUAACAGCAGCUAACAGUCAUGAAAGUUCAUGGGGAUGUUUUUGUGAUAAUGAUAUGAAAUUACCAUGUUUAGGGGAUACAUUUAGUGUCAGUUGGAUUUUAGAUAGUGAAAUAGAAAAUUUAAAUAGUGAAACAUUAAAUAAACAAUAUAAAAUUGUAAAACAUUUAACUAAUCAAAGUCAUGUUAUGCAUUAUGGAGAUUUAAAAAUUGCUAGUGAAUUUGUUUCUGAAUUUCAAGGUCAUGAAUCAAUUGUUCAUUCUCUUAAAAAUUUAAAUGCUCAAAGAAUCAAAAUGAGAGAACUUAUUUCUAAUUCAAAUAAACAAAAUGCAAGAGACAUACAUAUAAUAAUGCUUGAAAAAGAAUACUAUGAAAGUAUUGGUACUGAUAAAGAGAUAAAAGCAAAAAGAAGAUAUUUUAAAGCAAUUCAUAAACGAGAAUAUUUAAAAAAAUUUGUUAGAAAAAUGGUUAAACAUUUAGUUAGUGAUCAUGAAACAAGAUACAAAGUUUUACAAAAACUUCAAAGAAACGGUGUUGGAAAUGUUAAUUGUCAUGAUGAAAUAGUAAACUUUUUCCAUAAACACUGCUUCAACUUUAAUAGAAAUCCCCAUGCAAUGAAAUAUGUUUAUGUCUUAUCAAAUCUCUGUGAUUUAGAAAUUAGAGUUGAAACUCUUAAAAAUGGUAUUUUUGAGAUGUGUCAAAAUAAUCGAAUUACAAAUAUUAUCUAA